GUAAUUGAGACUAAGAAUGGAAAAAUUAAAGGACUUCUCUUGACUCUAACCGACAAAUCCUUGGGACAGGUUGAAGUUUACUACGGCAUUCAAUACGCUUCGCUGUCGGGCAGCCAGUUGCGAUUCUUGCCACCAACAGUCUCGAAUGUCAGGUGGGAUAACAUCAAACCUCAUGUCUCGAUUCAGCCAGUCUGUCCGCAGAAUCUGCCAGACAUCAAAACUUCAGAUGAGACUGUCUCGAGAGAGAGGGCCGAACACUUAAUGAGAAUUCUGCCUCAUUUGAAAAAUCAAGCCGAAGACUGUCUAUAUCUCAAUGUGUACGUGCCUGUUGGAGGU